CUACAUAAUAUUUAUUACAUUCUUCUCCAAUAUAAUGUGUUUUUUCUUAUUAUUUUUUUCCUAAAACAGGAAAAUCUAAUGAAUACACAACUUAUGCCCGUUGCACAACCUAGUCAACAGAUUUAUCAUAAUAGACUGUGCUUGCCCUCACCGAUGGAGGGAGACCAUCAACAACAAUCUAUUUCGUGGAUGUCUACCGACAGUCAACAAAUUUUCCUACCUGAACAUCCUAACUUGAUAUUAUCCCAAAGAGAUGUUGAUCAUGUAGAUAACCACCUGACAAUUCCUCCAAGAUAUGUUCUUAAUGGUAGGCAUGCUGAUAUGGAUGAAACUUCAAGCCAACAGGAAACAUGUUUUAGUGAAUUGAACCGAGGCACGAGACUAAGUUUGCAAUUGGGCAACCAUUGCUUUCAGCUGCAACACCCAUUUGAUUCUUUUUCUGGAAACAAAAAUUUCAAGAUGGAGAUGGAUAUGAAUUCACAAGACUCGCUCAUAGACUUCCAAAAUUGUGGCCAUGAAACUCUUGGAAUUCCAUAUGAUGGGUUGCUUCAACAACUGCCAGCAAGUUCCAGCCAUGCUGCCAUGCCUCUCUGUGCUCCGCAACGUCCGACUAUAUUAGAUGGUUUUUCAACAUCAGCACACCAACAAAUGGACUAUUCAGGAGAUCAAAACUCACUAGAUGCUUAGAGACUGAAACAUCAAUUCAAGAUUCUAUGUUGAUAAUAUUAAGUGCAAAGCUUAUGGAACUGAGUUUAUGAACAGAUUUUUUUUUUCCAGUUCUUUUGCAAUUGUCUACAAGUGGGAUUCUCUUGUAUAUAUUUAAUCGAACAUUAUAUGAGUAGCUUUCAUGCAAGAUGUGAUUUUUUUAGCUUCAUGGUGGGAGUUUUUAAUUUGUAAGAAACUCUUACAGCAUCAACAAGAUUUGUAUAGCAUGUAUGUGGGAAAUGCGAAUUUGGAGAAUUGUCUAUCUAGAUAGAUAAUUCAAAGUAUAUUUAAAUUUGGUUUUCAAGGGGUUGUCAAAGUAUUUUCUAUUUUGGUCAAAUGAAUCUCAUUUGAUUUAUUACACAAAUU